GGAGAAAGACCCCCGAACGCUCGGGGACAUUGCCCUCCUAUCGGAGGCCCCAAUUCGCCCUCCAAAGGGAGAAAGAAAGGGAACGAGAUAAGGCAAAGGCGUCUUGGCUGUGCAAAUACCCUUUUCUAAUACCGGAUUAUCGCGUGGUUGCAGUUCGCUUUGCACUAGCUAAUUCUAUGGGGAUUUUCCACAUUGCCCGGGUUCGUGAUGCAUAUGGAACCAUGUCGGGCGGAACCCAAAAGUGGCGCGCACCGGGAAGAGAGGCAAGAAAGAGUAGGAGGGAUUUCGACUUAUAACACCUCAACUCCCCCUCCUCCAGUUCGAGCAUGUAAAGACAAGGAAAAAAGAAGGGAGAAAGGAGAGUCUAGCAAAAACUCCCGGCCGAUUUCGCACCCCCCCCUUUUCCCCUUCAACCGCAAGCCAUCUGUACCGGCGUGCCCUGAGGCAUUACGCCAGACCGCAAACAUGCCCGACUGGAAGGCCAUGUUCGCGCCGGCGCCGUCCCUGGACGUGCCCGGCCUCGAGACCGUCGACCUAGCCGACAAGGAGAUGGAACGCCGCAUCGUCCGCAAGCAGGACAUCAGAAUCCUCCCCUGGAUCUGCAUAACCUACCUUCUGAACUACCUCGACCGCGUCAACCUCGGCAACGCCCGCACGCUCAACAACGACACGCCCGAGGACAACAUCGUCAAGAUGCUCGACCUCACGGGCCAGCGGUACAACGUCGCCGUCGCGCUCUUCUUCGUCCCCUACGUGCUCAUGGAGUUCCCCUCCAACGUCAUGCUCAAGUACUUCUCCCCCUCCAAGUGGAUCUCCCGCAUCAUGGUCUCGUGGGGCAUCGUCACCAUCUGCACCGCCGCCUGCACCACCUACGGCGGCCUCCUCGCCGUCCGCGUCAUGCUCGGCCUCGCCGAGGCCGGCUUCUUCCCGGGCGUCAUGAUGUACCUCUGCUUCUGGUACAAGCCCGAGGAGCGCGCCACGCGCAUGGCCGUGUUCGCCAGCUCCGUCGCCGUCGCCGGCGCCUUCGGCGGCCUCCUCGCCACCGCCAUCUCCUUCCUCAACCGCCGCGGCGGCCUCGUCGGCUGGCAGUGGCUGUUCGUGCUGGAAGGCGUCCCCGCCGUCCUCGUCGGCGUCCUCGUCUGGUUCAACCUGCCCGACUACCCCCAGACCGCCGCCUGGCUGACGCCCGAGGAGCGCGCCUUCGCCGUCAAGCGCCUCGGCCCUUACGCCCCCUCCAUGCGCGACAGCCACUGGGACGGCGCCGUCGCCCGCAAGACCGUCGCCGACCCCUACUUCUGGCUCUUCGCCGCCAUGUACUUCCUCAUGACCAACUCGCUCAACGCCAGCGGCUUCUUCACCCCCACCAUCGUCGCCUCGCUCGGCUUCAAGGGCUACAGCGCCCAGCUGCUCACCGUCCCGCCCAACGUCUUCGCCAUGUUCGUCAUCAUCGGCAACUGCCUGCACAGCGACAGGACCAAGGAGCGCUCGCGCCACACCAUCGGCGCCCUCGUCUUCGUCGCCGCCGGCUACCUGCUCCUGGCCGUCGUGAAGCACUGGGGCGUGCGCUACUUUGGCCUCAUGAUCAUCGCCUGCACCAACGCCGCCGUCCUGCCCUUUGUUGCUCACCGAACCGCGACCGUCCAGGGGUCCACGGCGACCGCCCUCGCGACGGGCGGCAUGAUCGCCAUCGCAAACUGCGGCGGCAUCUCGGCCCCCUUCCUCUUCCCGGGCACCGACUCCCCCAUGUACAGCAUGGGCAACUGGACCAUCUUCGCCUUCCUCGUGGUCACGGCCCUGCUCACGGGCUACGUCUGGUACGUCUUCGGCAGCCACUCGGGCUACCGCACGGGCGCCAAGGACGCCGCCGGCAACCUCGAGGUCCUCGACCCCGGCGCCGGCGACCCGGACGAGCUCAUGAACAAGAAGAUGGGCGUGGUGGCGGACCACGACAAGAAGGACGAGGAGGCGUAAGGGAAAGGAAGGCGCCCCGUACCAGCAUGGUGAUGGGGAGAGCUAGGUGGAUCGGGGUUAGAGAAAGAUGGGUUUGCGCGUUGCAUGGAUUUUGGGAACCGUUGAUACCCCCUCCCAC